AUGUUUUGGUCCGGCUGACCGAACUUGAGAAUUAUGCUCCCUUGACGGAAAAAAUCGUCGUUUCGAGAGCAUAUGGGUGUGGGUGUAUUAGUGAGAAGAAGAGCUUUUGUUAAAAAGUGGUUGAAUUUUAGAUAACGCAAAUCGAUGAUCUUGUGGGAUCGAAGAAUACAGUAAUUGUCACAACGAAUUGAGAGCAAGUUGGAAUUUACGAUUAAAAGAUGCACGAAACACUUUUGCCAAAGAGUGCAACUUCGAGAUUGAAAAGUAGCGCAAUUAUUGUUGAACGAUUGACUUGGUAAACAUGCCUCGAGCCUUCAGACGCAACGCGACCAAAUUUUUAAUCUUAUUAGUUACCGGCGCUUUAUUAUUUACAAUUCUAUUUAAAAGUAAAUCUGUAGAUAAAAAAGCAAAGCCUCCAGUGCGUAAUAAAAACGUAGAUCGUUUAAUAAGAGAAGGGGCAAUAGAAAACAAAGAGCGACUGCGUCACGUGCAAAAGGUCUGCGAAAAGUACAAGCUGGGCACUUACAAAACUGCAAGUUACGACGUCGAGUUCAAAGAACCUCCAGCACCGCAAUAUGGCGUGUAUUACUUUGACAGUCAGCACAACGUAUCUUACUGCCCCAUUUAUAAGUCUGGCAGUACAACGUGGUUAUACAAUUUGUGUUUGUUGAACGGAGUUCCCGAGGAGGAACUACUGAGUGGAAAAGAGCAAAUUUCUGUGAUUGCCAGGAGAGUUAUGCCGGAACUUGAGUAUCCAGAAGCGGACGAGAUACUAAAGAAAACGGCUAAGUUGAUGAUUGUGAGGCAUCCGUUUGAAAGGUUACUCAGUGCUUAUAGAGAUAAAUUGGAAAAUUCGGUGGCCGGUCGAGAACAUGGUAGUUUACACUUCUAUAAGCGAUAUGGCGAAGCCAUCGUGAGAAAGUAUCGAGACAAAACUCGAGCGAUGCCCAGUAAUAAUCAAGUGAUUCGACGUCUUGGAAUACCAGAACCAGCCGGUAUUGAGCCAACUUGGCGCGAGUUUGUCGAAUAUCUGAUCCACACUGAUUUGACUAGUUACGCAGACGAUCAUUGGACACCUUACUACCUCUACUGCACUCCUUGCCUUCUCAAUUACGACUUUAUAGCCAAGGUCGAAACUCUAGAUCGCGACCAAUUGUACGCGAUCCACCAGCUCGGACUGUCGGAUCUAAUAAUUCCACGCUGGCAACAUGCUACUAGUGGUGCAAAUGACGCAGCUUCGAUCUACUUUAGUCAAUUGACCAAAGAACACGUGCGCAAGCUUCACGCCAAAUUCAAGCUCGACUUUGAGCUUUUUGGCUACUCAUCCGAGGAAUAUUAUGAACUCGCUACCUCGCUCUCUUAAUUGUUUCUUUUUCCUUUGCUGAUUAUGAAUUGCGAAGGUGGUGAUCUUGAUAGCAGUGCUGUUUUAAUGACUUUUUUGUAUAUUUAAAAUAACAUUUUGCC